AUGUCCGCCACCAGGUGUUUGCUGCGCUCCGCCGCCUCUCGCGCUGCCGGUGCGGCCAAUCUAGCAGCUGGAGCUAGACCGAGACCGGCACGAUCUCCGUUUCUUCUCCCAAAGCAAACCUCUAUCUCCAAUCGCGUUUUCAGGUUACCCGUCGAAGCGAGUUUCUGCGUGGAAUCGAUGCUUCCUUAUCACAGUGCUACUGCUUCCGCAUUGCUGAAUUCAAUGCUCUCUGUGUCUCGCCACUCCUACGGUUGGACCCCUGAAGAUGAAAGUAGUGUUGGGUGCAUAUGGGUAUCUAUUAUGCUGUUCACACAUUUUAUUGUUUUGGGAUGGAUGAUUGCUGUCUUUGGAUGCGGUGCAUCUGCGCAUACUUUCCAUGGAUUUCAGUUUACUUUGUUAGGCCUGUUUAGAGAAUUUUUGUCCUUGGUUGAAUAUCAAAACCCCCAAGACUUAAAUUGUACAAGCAUCCAGAGCUGGUACCAUGCUUAG